AUGGCCUUCCAAUCCCUCUACCUAACGCUCUCGUCCCUCUUCCUUUCCUUCUCCGCGCUCUCCAUCCUCCCAAUUCCGCUUCUUCCCAGCCCAUCCGCUCCUCCAAGCUGGCUCCGCCUCACCCUCCCCGCCCUAUACCUCCCCUACGCCCUAGCGGUAGCCUCGAGCCGCAUCACGUUGGGACAUCAUACACUCCCCCAAGUCCUUGUCGGCGCACUCUGGGGAAUCAUCUUCGCAGCAGCUUGGUGGUCCCUCUGGCCCUCCAUGAAGACGGAAGUGGAGGAGAAGGUGCUACCCCAUUUGGGGGGUUGGGUCGUUAGCUAG